AUGCUAAAAAUCAUCAUCCCAACUAUCAUACUCCUCCCACUAGCCCUCCUCUCCCCAUGCAAAUACCUAUGAACCAACAUCACAGGUCAUAGCUUACUAAUCGCCACCGUAAGCCUCCAGUGACUGGUACCAACAUACUACCCCAGCAAAGCCCUAACCUUUUGAACCUCUGUCGACCAAAUCUCCUCUCCCCUGCUAGUCUUAUCGUGCUGACUCCUCCCCCUCAUAAUCAUAGCAAGCCAAAACCACCUAGAACAAGAACCCACCAUCCGAAAACGAAUCUUCGCCACAACCCUAAUCCUAGCUCAACCAUCAAUCCUCCUGGCCUUCUCUGCUUCAGAGCUGAUACUAUUCUACAUUGCAUUCGAAGCCACCCUAAUCCCAACCUUAAUCCUAAUCACACGCUGAGGCAACCAACCAGAACGAUUAAGCGCCGGCAUCUACCUCCUGUUCUACACCCUGGCCAGCUCACUCCCCCUGCUCAUCGCCAUCCUCCUCCUACACAACCAAAUCGGCACCCUAUACUUCCCCAUACUCAAACUCUCACACCCCAUAGCCUCAAACUCCUGAACAGGCCUUAUAUCAAGCCUAGCCCUACUAAUAGCCUUCAUAGUCAAAGCCCCUCUAUACGGCCUACACCUGUGACUCCCCAAAGCCCACGUAGAAGCCCCAAUUGCCGGCUCCAUAUUACUAGCCGCAUUACUCCUAAAACUAGGCGGGUACGGAAUCAUACGAAUCACCCUCCUAGUGAACCCAUCAACAAACAACCUCCACUACCCCUUCAUUACCCUUGCACUCUGAGGCGCCCUAAUAACCAGCGCCAUCUGCCUACGCCAAAUAGACCUAAAGUCACUAAUCGCAUACUCAUCCGUCAGCCACAUGGGCCUGGUCAUUGCCGCAACAAUAAUCCAAACCCAAUGAGCAUUUUCAGGAGCAAUAAUCCUAAUAAUCUCACAUGGCCUAACCUCCUCAAUACUAUUCUGCCUAGCCAACACCAACUACGAACGAACCCACAGCCGCAUCCUCCUACUAGCCCGAGGGCUCCAACCCUUGCUCCCCCUCAUAGCAACAUGAUGACUUCUAGCCAACCUAGCAAACAUAGCACUUCCCCCAACAAUCAACCUCAUAGCGGAACUAACCAUCGUAAUUGCACUUUUCAACUGAUCCUCCCUAACACUCAUCCUAACAGGGGCCGCAAUCCUACUAACCGCCUCAUACACCCUAUACAUACUCAUGACAACACAGCGGGGAGUCCUACCAUCCCACAUUACAUCCAUCCAAAACUCCUCCACACGCGAACAUCUCCUCAUGGCCCUACACAUGAUUCCUAUAAUCCUCCUGAUCCUCAAGCCCGAACUUAUCUCAGGCACCCCCAUAU